AUGAGGAUAUUCGUUUUCUUCGCUUUGGCUGUCGCCGCUGUAUAUAGUAAGUUCAGUAAAGAAGUACAGUAUAGAAGUUCAGCAUAGAAGUUCAGUAUAGUUUAGAUUGUAGAUGUUCAGAUAACUAGCUAACCUUUCAGAUUCUCUGGAAAAAAUUUUGUUACCUUUUUUCUCCAAUCUGAAAUUCAGAAUGUGAAUAAUUUUCAAUUGUAUUUUGAAGCUGGAUGAUUUUACUCAAAACGUUUUGAGAUUCUUAUUUUCAAUAAAUUCCCAUCACACUCAAUUUUUUCUCAUCAUUCAUUUUUCUCCAGAGAACGAUCAAAUUUUGAUUGACGGUUGAAGCUCAAACUGAAAAAUUAACUCGAUCUUCAGAACCGAAAAACAAAAUGUUUCUGGAGUAGUUGUUUCUCAAAAUGAAAUUUAGUCCAUUCCAAAGUAAUUUUCAAAUAUAUCCCAUAAUUUUUCCAACCAUCAUAUAAUUUUUUCAGCCGCCCCUGUUUUCUUGGAUCUCACCACUGUAAAUACCUUCCUCACAAGUCUCGCCUCAUCCGAUGUUCGAACUGACAGCAAAGUCACCCUCAACUACCAGGUACAGUUUAUUUUUGUCACAAAAACAUUUGAUCUGUUCUUGGACAGAAAGUUUCCUUAUCAGACAGAGGUUAUAAAAAAAUGGUUGAUCUAUAUUCUUACGUAGGCAACUGGCUGAUAAUUUUUUGCAGUUAACUGAUAAUUUUUGAAAUUAAUGUAAUGUAAGAGAAAAGAGAGGAAAGAUAGAGAACAACUUUGAUGGACACUCCCAAGAAAUUUGAAAAAAAUGGAGAAUGUUGUUAUACAGUUUUCGAACGAGUAUGAUUUAAUUGGAAAUUUCACUUGAAAAACUUGAUGAGUGAGAAGUUUUCCAGGUUUUGCGGUUUUGAAAAAAUCAUAGUUUUCCGAUUUUCCUGAGAUUUUGAUUCAUGUGAAAUUGUUUUUGGCUCAAAUUGUAGGAAAAACAAAUAUAGCAUCUUUAAUUUUUGUGAGUUCAGAACAACCUCAAACCACAAUAAAAAAUUCCCAACUGUUAUCAAUAAUUUAGCAAGAAAAACCAUGUGGCCAUCUAGAAUUUUCACGUUUUUCAAACUACGCAAAAACUUAUCAGUAGCAUUUGUUAUCGACAACACUUUACUGAAAUCGAAAAAUCAAAUAUCAUAAACGCGGUCAAACAGAAAAUACACUCAAAAAAGAACCCGGAAUUUUUCAGAACAUGGCAUCGAAAAAAUCACCAGAUCACGAUAAUGCUGCUUCACCACUUUUCACAACUGUAGAUUCAUCAAUCACAUCAGGAUCAAUUUACACAGCAAUCGCAAAUCUUCUCAAAUUCUACUCGCAUGACAGUGAAACCGCAAUCAAUCUUAGCACCGAUUUGCAAUCGGCUAUUUCUGAUUUCCUUGACAAAAUCAUUGCUACCCCAGCAGUCACUCAAGCAAAAGCCUUCUUGUAUCAACAAGGAGUUUCUCCAUCUGACGCUGCUGCUUUCAAAACUCAACUUUAUAACUUGUGGUUUUUGCCAUAUGCUAGAUCAAGUGUUGUUGGAAGUUGUGGAUUCAAGAGUGUUUUUGUUGGAGAAUCAACUGGAACAAGUAUCACAAGAUUUGCUAACUGGUAUGGAUUUUAUUUACAAGAACAAUCGGGAUCAAUCAAUUAUCAUGGAUGGUUCACUAAAUUGAAUGUAAGUUGA